ACCAUCAUAAAAUACUCGUCUGAACUACACGCCUUACAGUCGGUAUUGCUCUGUGUUUAGCCCAUUCCUCCCAUACAACUCAACCCUCCCAGACGUCUAAAAUCAGACACUACUUUGCCUUCGUUUAGCUUCACAAGAUCCAUUUGAGGUUGAAGCGCCGGUGCAUCUGUAUCACCAUGCCUUGUAGUCUCCAAUAUCUUUGUGUGCUGUCGCUCUUCGUAGUAUCAGGGAAUUGUUUAUCUUGCAUGCAGUGUACUAGUUACAGUGAUACCCCCUGUAAUGGAACGUCAAAGUCCUGCUCAUCUACCAGCGAUGUAUGUGGCACCACAAGGAUCCAAACUUUCGGUCAAUCAUGGGACAGCUUCUACUAUAUUAGAGCCUGUGUCCCUCCCACUGAGUGUGAUAGAAAUGGAACUACAGCAGGUCUUUAUGUGAACACUUCCAUCAGUACAACUUGUUGUUACUCUGACGACUGCACAGCAUCAACUCCGACUAUGCCAGCAGAAAACAACACUGAAAAUGGACUUAUCUGCCAAACAUACCUUGAAAAAGACCUGGAGCCUUGUGAAGUCAAGACCACAACCAAUUGCACAGGAGACCAGAAUCUUUGCAUCCGAUAUUAUUCAAGUCUAACUCUAGGAUCAGCUGAAUCUACUGUAUUGUUCGGUGGAUGUGCCUCCGAGACCCUGUGCAAUUCCACUAGAGACUACAUAUCUACCCCGGCAUUUUUCCCUAUUCAGAUGCACAAUUAUGAUAUGAAUGGAUAUGAAUUCCAGCCCUCAAUGGACAUAAUGGACCUACAUCAGUGA